UCAACGAGCUGAUUGGCUGGAGGACCUGUCAAUCAACACUUGAUCCCUAGAUAGCACUAUCAAACUCGGUUGCGGUAUGAAGUUUCUAAAAUGACACUUUGGGAUAUAUUUGUCGGCACAAUGUUGCUGUUUUCGUCUAGAAAGGAAUUUGUCUAGUUGCAGUGAUGAGGCGUGGAGAUCCUCUCCCUCGAGCCUUUCAGGCUCCAGUGGAUGUACAUGCCAGUGCGGAUGGCCAAGUGUACAUGUUCAGACACAGACAAGAGGAACCGGAAGCGUCAUCUGAGGAUGAGGAAUUCAACGUCAUGGAGCUCCGGCCACGGAGCCGAGAGUCAUCCUCACGGGAGAGAGAAAGAGUGGGAGAAAUGCUUUUGCUAGAACGUGACAUUUCCCAUGAGGACAAUCUCAACAAACUGGCCCUUCAGUAUGGAUGCAAGGUGGCUGACAUAAAAAGAGUGAACAACCUUUUUCAAGAGCAGGACAUGUAUGCACUGAAGUCCAUCAAAAUCCCUGUAAAGAAGCAUAGUCUGCUAACCGAGGCCAACUCUGAGCUCAGGAACCCCCAGCAAAGAUGGUCCCAUGAUGCAGCAUCAUCAAACAGCACUGAAGCGAGCGUCUCAGGAAGACCUCAGGUGCAGGAGUACACCAAUUACCUUAAAGAGGUGGACAGUGACAUUGAGCGUCUGAUCCAAAGCACAGACCCCUCAGAAGAGGUAUUUUCUGGUGAUUCCAGGGUAUCCAGACGAUGGGGAUGGAGAAGCCAGCGCUUGCGCAGCUAUGGUGCGGACUGGGGGAUCCAGUGGUGGAACGCUGUAGUUGCCAUGUUACUCAUUGGCAUUGUCCUACCAAUAUUCUAUGUGGUAUAUUUUAAAACUCAAGAGAGUGGUGAAUCUGGUGACAAUGGAGUGGUCAACAUAUCUGUGCCUACCUCAAACAAUACAGGGGUGAGCGUCAGCUCAGUGAACCCUGGGAACAUAAUGGGAAACCACCUUGAGAAAAAAUAAACUUAGUAUUACAAGUUGACUACGUUUACAAGUCUUUGUAGACACAAAUAUUAUGGUAGAUUGACCACCCAUAAUAAAAAAGGUAAGUUUUAGGUUCAAAAGACUAAUAACGCAAACUAUCCCAAUUUCUUUUGCCUGAAAAAAAGAGCAAACAGCACAUUAUUCAAAAUUUGUGUUCCACAGAAACAAGUUUGGAGCGACAAGAGGGUGAGCAAAUGAUGACACAAGUUUUCAUUUUAGGUGAACUAUCCCUUUAAUUUCGUUUGCAUGAAGGUACAUUUAAAGAGACAAUUUACAGAUGAGAUUACAAACUGAGUGUUAGUCUGCUUGCACUUUACUUGAAACUGUUGUUAUUGGUUUCAUGGGUGCUUUUAUUUAAAUGAAUUAUGAAAUUGUUAUAACGGUUUUCUUUGUGGAGAAAGAAAAGAAAAAAAAAUUCAAAAGUCAUUAUGAAACAUAUCUUAGCUUUUCUCAUAAAAUUGAUCACACUGUUGUGUUCCUGUCUUUGUAUAUCAGUGCUUGAUGAAAUGAUUGCAAUGAAGGAAAAGCAAAAAAGGUUGAUUAUUAUACAAAAUUUGGUCAAAUGUUUUGUGGUUUUAUACCUGUGUGACUGAAUGGUAUCUUGUGCUAACUCAAAUUUGUAUCUGUUUCUUUGUUUUAAUAUUUCCAGAACACUAUUGCCAAAUUGUUUUUCUUUUUUCAUAUGGAAAGGCACUAUAGUGCCAGCAGUGCCAAAGAAUGGAUGUGUAUUAAAUAACUAUUUGUUCAGUCAUUAGAAGUGCAAUAAAACCAAGAACUAAGCUCAUGGGCAGAUGGACACAUUUUGACCUUUGAAUUGCGACAUUAAAACUUUUGAAUCGGA